AUGUUGCUGCUUUCAUUGCAGGAUGAACUGGAUGAUGUAGAUUGGGCGAGGCAAUAUUUCUACAAUCAAAAUGGUCCUCACGUCGAUCACACCAGAGGCGACAACAAAGGAUACUACAUGAACCUUCUCCCAAACACAUCUCCUUUGAUGAAAGGUGGUACAAAAGGAUGGCUUGUAAGUUCACGGCUGAAACCAACAGCGAACCCCAAAUGCUUAUCAUUCUACUAUUACAUGCAUGAGAGACUCAUUGAUCCAAAUGGCAUGAGUUUAGGAAGUUUAAAAGUUUUCGUUCGCCUGAUGAAACCAGGCAAGCCGUUUUCACCGAUUUGGCGACUUUAUAACCACCAGGGUGAGCGAUGGUUUCCAGCAAGGGCUCCAAUAGUUAGCCUCAAAGAUAGAACACCACCAGAUACGGCAUUCGAAAUCAUUUUCGAAGGUGUUUGGGGUGAUGGACGGGCUGGUGAUAUAGCUAUAGAUGAUGUAUCCUUCUUUGACGGGGAUUGCACAACUGAACCUUUAGGUGCUGCCGCUGUUGUUGGUGAAUGUUUCUUCGAGACAGAUAUGUGUGGAUGGAUUCCUGUAUCUGUUUUAGACGACGGACCAUCUACUCUUGCGCCAACGACGGAGCCAAAAACGUUGAAUUCAGUAGAAGAAAGUUUGUGGAAGAUGGCCAGAGUGGAGAAUAAACCGGCCGGUCUUCUAGAUCACACAUUGCGAUCACCAGUAGGAUUUGUAUUUUUCGACGUUUUUCAUAAAAGUGUUGUUCAAAAACCUAAACUCCGAAGUCCUAUUUUAGAAUUUAGCAUUAGUACUGUUAGAUGUUUGGGAUUUUGG